AUGCCAGAUAUAACAAUUGAUGGUUGUGGUAAAGAUGGUGCUAAUGGGAAUGAUGGAAAAGACGCUUCUAUAUUUACUAGUUCAGGGCGUAACGCAAAACCAGCAGAAGACGGCAAACAUGCAAAAAUUAUUAAUUUAACAUUAUCUUCGGUAAAGGGUUCUAAAGUGCCCGGUCAUAUCCACAUUACGGGUUCGAUAGGUAACCAACGCUUCGAAAGAGAAUAUUUCCUUGACCUCACAGGAAUGAUACAUUUUAGAGCUAAAGGUGGUAACGGUGGUGACGGAGGUGUAGGAGGUAACGCAUCAUAUGACAAUUCUACUUACGAUUAUCAAGGCACUGGUGGAAAAGGUACUAAUGGUGGAAAUGGCGGAAAUGGUGGUCGUAUAAAGAUAACUACAAAUGAACACGAUUCUCAUUUACUUACGUUGAUUGGUAAAUAUUAUAUAAGUGGAGGAAAAGGCGGGAAAGCUGGAAUGCAUGGAAAAGGAAAUCAUAAAUUUUAUAUGCUUCCCGUUAAUGGUAGGGAUGGGGAAAAUGGAACAUUUAAGUGCGGUGUUAUGACAGAAGAUGGUCAAUGGUAUGAGAAAUCACCGGAACAUACAAGUUUUUUGAAAAUAAAAAAUUUGAAAUAUGAACCUCAAGCAGAAAGUGGAAUUUUUGAACCCGGUAGUACAUUGAAUAUUACGAAUAUGGAACUCGAGAAUAUAGGGUCAGAACCUACUCCAAAGCAUACAUUGAUUAGAAUUGAGCUCGACUCCAAGACCAAGUGGGUUAAAAAUCAUUCUAUAUUCGCACCAUUACAUAUUCAUCCGAAUACUCAUAAAAGUCUAAGAAUGUCUGCGAUAAUGACGAAAAUUGAAAGACCACAUCAUAUUUCAUUUGAAGAAUCCUUUGGAUUCGACAUUAAAUAUCCUAUUAAUAUGAGUGAAGUAACAGCUAUUCGUGCUCAAAGUGAUAUCUACGUAUUAUUCUGGUCCGUUAGCAAUAUAAGCAAGUCAGCAUUAGGUCGUCAGUCAACCUUUGGACGUCAGGUUAAAACGGUUUUAACAAAUGAUGAAUCAAUAAAUGAAGAGAUUGAUAACCAAGAAAUUACAUUUAUCGAAGCGGGAAAAUCAAUUCAUAUUACGAGCAAAGUUAAACUGAAUAAUGAUAAUAGUUGGCAUCAUUUUACCGUGAAAUUACAAAUAGGACUGGUUAAUGAACCGAACAAACUUAAAUCCAUUCAAAAGCGUCACUUUAAAAUAAAAACAACAAGCAAGACUACCCAAGAUUUUAUACUCGAUGCUUCCAAUAAUGCAUGUGAAAAUAUUAAUACCAAACAGAAAAAUCUUUCCAAUAAAGGGUUGAUUGAUAUAUCAUUAUCUUAUCAUUUCGAUGAGCAAACGAAUUUAAAAAAGGUAUUAUUUAGAGGUUCAAUAAAGUUCAACGAUGGUUUGAACAUUUCUUUGGAUAAUUCUUUUUACUUUGGGAAAGGUGAAUACAUAUAUAUCGCAAAUUCAAGAUUUUUACAAGAAUAUAAUGUGACAAUAUCAACAAAACAGCAAGAAUCUUAUUUAUUUAGUCUAUUGAAAAAUAAACCCUUCAAACUUCGACUCCACCAAAUUGAAAUCGAUAGCGUUAAUGAUAGCGGAAUUAUCGAACCUGCCAGUGAUAUUAUUAAGAUAAAAUCAUUAAAAGUUCGUAAUGAAGGUGAAAUGCCUACUCCAAAUAAUUAUGGGAUUUACAUAAUUAUUUCAUCAAAGAAUAAUAUUAUUCCUAAAGAUAUCUUAUGUACGAUUACUGAUUCAAUCCGAUUCAAUCAAAAUCAUGAAAUUAAAAAUAUAAUUUGCAAGCGUACAAGGUUGAAUAAUCCUGAUAUAAGUAUCGUUCCUUUACAAUUUAGAGAUGAAAUUGUGCUUAAUGCGGUUCUUGAUUCUAAGAUCAAUUGUACUUUACAAGAUUUUAAUGAUAAGAGGAUAGAUUUACUAUUGCAGCAUCCUAUCUUAAUUGAUGAAUUUAUAGGAAUCAGAAGACCCUCAGCAACUCAAGAAAUAUAUAAUAUAUUUUGGAAGGUCAAAAAUAUUAGUAAUAUCGAAUUUGGGAAGAAUUCAAAAGAAAAACGUCAUAUCGAAAGUUCUAUUUAUAAUUAUACCAACGACGAUACUUUGUUUAGAAAUGAAAUCAACUAUUUAGAAUCAAAUAGUAGUUAUUUAUUAUCGACUAGAAUUGAACUCAAGAAAAGUUCCAAUGUUAAAAGUCAUUUUGAUAUAAAAUUAUUAUUGGGUUCAAUGGAAUCUCCUGAAGUUCUUUUACCAGUUCAAUCAUAUCCUUUUAACCUAUCAUCUUUGGGUGGAACAAUUUAUAAGCCCAUGGACUUGGUAUUUGAUUUAAAUGCUGGACGUUUAAAUUUAAACAAUGAACGGGAUGAUUAUACAAGUCCUGGAAGCGUUCAACUUAAUAUUUCAAUACCAAAUUUGGUCAAACAUAAAAUCGGUGAUAUUGCAGUGCGAGGAGCAUUACAAUUUACGAAUGGGUGGAAAGUUAAUAUUAAUGAUUGUUUUUCAUUAGGAAAUACUGGUAUGAUUUAUCUAUAUCCUAACGGAAGAAAAGACCUUUACAAAGGAACGAUCGAUAUUGAAAUUGCGCAAGAAGAUUUUGACCUUCUUUACUUGAUUGAAAGUUCUAGUUUGGAAAAAUGCAAGAAUCAAUUAUAUAAAGUUAUUACCAGUUCAAUUUUAGGUGGUAACCAAGUUCAAUUAUAUUACCAAAUUUAUAAGUUCAAAAAUACUGGUGGAAUGCCAACUCCUAAUAAUUAUAAAAUUUCAAUUGAUUUUUUAACUUCAACUGGUAUAUCAGUAAUUAAUGAUAAUUCCUUGCAUCUAUCUAAAUCUAUCGAACCUGCUCAAGAAAUAUUAUUGAGUCAAGAUAAUGAGAAACCUUUAGGGUUUCAAAUCAAUGAACAUAGAAACUUUUCAAAAGAUAAACCUCUGGAUAAAAUAUUCACAGUUAAUGUCAAAUAUCCAGUGCAAUUUAAUGAUCAGAUCAAAUCUAAUGUAAAUAGAAAUGUAACAAGAGUUUCUUGGAAAUUAAGUAACAUUAGUCAAAUCGACCUAGGUUCAAAAUCAAAAUCGAGGAGAAUUGUCAAAGUACAAAUUAUAAUUGAUAGUAUAUUACCGGAAAAUAGUCUAAAAUUUAAAUCAACUCAGGGUUUAUCAACCUAUCUUGAACAAGAAAUUUUACUAUUAAAUGGUAAACAAACAAAGGAAAUGUUUUGUGAUUUAGUUCGAAAGAAACCAAUUAAAAUAUCACCAUCAUAUAAAACAAAUAAUAAUAGUGAUUUGUUGCUAGUGACAAAUUCUAAAACUACCAGAAGGGACAUUGAGGGUUGGUAUAAAUUAUGUCAGGAGCUAAAUUUGACCAUGUCUUUAUGGGAUAUUAAAAAGGAAGGUCAUUUCGAUUUAUUGGAGUCUGGUAUAACGACGGAUUUUUCUGGGAAAUCUAUAGUUAUCCUUAAUAACGAGUUCGAGAAAGGUAAUAGCAUCAUAGAAUUAUUAAAUCCGCUUCAAUUUUAUCAAGCGGUAAACUCCCAUGAUAUUAAGUUUUACUUAGUCGGGACAACAAUCAGUGACAAUAAAAUCAAGAGUUUAUUCAUUCCAGAAGGUUUGAUACAAAAGUCAGACAAUGCGCUCAUAACUACUAAUUUUAAUACGAUUAAAAAUUAUGUAAAAGUUCAACAAGAAUCAAAUACCGCUCAAAAAACAGAAAUCGAUUGUAUUAAUACGAGUUUACGACCAAUAAUCAGAAUGAAUUCGAAAUCUGGAUCUAACCAUUAUGCAAGACAAAAGGUUCAAAAAUUAUCGAUUUUCGCAGAAAAUUGUUUUAAUAAUCGUAACAUUUUUGUAUCAAUACUUGGUAACAAAAGAUCAAACGAUCGAAUUAUUUCAUGCAAGACUUAUAACAGGACAAAAAAGUAUUUGACGUACCAUAAUAGAGACCCAAAAUCUCCUAUUAAUAGUAAAACAACCAAAAUUGGAUUAUUAUCUUGUAUUUCUUUCACGAAACGUCUAGAACAAUUGCAAGUAAUGAUGUUUUCACAUGAUAAAGCUUCAAAUGAAAUUUUAGAGAUUCAUAAAAAUUUAAUUGAAGUGGAUCUAGCGAUGGAAAUCAUAAGUUUAUGCGAAAGACUUGAAUUUGAUAGUAUAUCUGAUGAUACUCUAUUUACUUAUUUCACAUUCUUCAACAAAUUUUGCAUGGAAUUUAUUGUGGGUAUAAUUCCAAAAGAAGCUUCUCUUUCUGCUUCAAAUUCUGAUUGGAUACUCAAUGUCUUGGCAAAAUUAAAAGUAUCUGUUUCAGUACUUAAAUUAUUCAAAUUGGACCAAAUAAUUCAAUUGCAAUAUCAAAAAUCCUUUCAGCUUAUAGUUGAGCAUACUAAAUUCUUGAAUAUCCAGUCAAUCAAUGACGUAUUGAAAUACAAAGUGAAUUCCAUAAUGGAACAUUGGAGUAAACAAUAUGCUCAACAAAAUGUAUUAAAAUUUGUUAAAUAUAAAUUGCUUGAAUUUUUAUAUAUUGAAGGAAACUUGAAAACAGAAUGGAAUUAUUUAAAUGAUAGUAUGGACAUAAUUUUGAACGAAGGAGAAUAUAAUGAUUAUAAUAACUUUCAUGUAAUAGCUCAUAAAAUCAUUGAUGAGUAUAGUAAGGAUUUUAAGGAAGAAAUUGAGCUAUUAGCAAAACAAAAUGCUUUUAUAUUACGAGACAUUAAGGAUGGAAUCAUAAUUAUUAGAACCGAGAAAUUUAACCAUGGAUCUGAGAAAUUUGAUAAAAACCACGGAUCUGAGGAAAUUAUUAAAUACCUUGGAUCUGAGGAAAUUAAUGAAGACCAUGGAUCCGAGAAAAUUAAUGAUAAAAAUCUUGGUACCGAAAGUAUAAAUAAAGAUCAUGGAUCUGAGUUUGUUAAUGAGAAAUAUCUUAGCACAGGGAAAAUCAAUGAAGUUCAAGAGUUACAUCGAACUCUAAUCAAGGAUUAA